AUGUCAAAAGUUAUCUGGAAUAAUGACAUCGACGCAUAUAACCCCCAGGUGAUGCCUCUCUCGGUGGCACGCAAUAUUGCCAAAUACUUGCCCAUAAAGGACCUAUUAUCGUUUGCUCAAGUAUCUCGAAAUACCUAUAAAGCUGUUCGAAAUCACAAUCUAUGGGUUGGAAAACUCAAGGAAAUGAACUUGUGGAACACUGCUAUUGAUCCUGGAGACGGUCAUAUCGUGCUCCCACGAGAAUUGUCGAAUCCUUUGACUUGUAUGGACACAAUCUACAAAGUACCAAAGCUUGCACGGUCACAAGUAAUCUCAAUCUACAAAGCAUUGGCCACGUAUUAUUACGAUUUGGCCUCUAAUAAACCAUACGACAAGCUAAAAUUGUUCAAGGACUUUACCACGCCUCAGCAGCAGUCUCUUAUUCUCCGGAAUUUGCUCCGCUUCAAUAAUAUAGACUACGACGACGGCUCACGAACAACCAUCAGAGACAAAAUUAGCCUUUUAAUCGAGAUUUUCGAGAACGCUCUUCUACGUGAGCUUGAGAUCCACUUUGAUCUCGGCGACUACGAAAAGGCUGGCAAGUUUGUAGACGUACUUGUCGACUUACAAAAUGACCAAACCAUCAUUGAUUUUUUCAUUCAAAAGACAAUAUUGGACAAUAACGAAGGUAUGCUCAAUCUGGAGUCGUUCGACGCUGAAAAGGCUUUUACAAUUGCCGACGACGAGGCACUUCUGUACACUAUCAACCCACAGUUUUUCGAUGAUAUAAUAGAGAAGAUAGCCGAGAUCUUCAAUAAAGAAGCAGAGAUUAUAGAUCAAUUGUUUCCUCCAAAAGUUCCCAUGAUGUUCAAGGUUUGCGAGGAGCUUAUUGCAAACCACUUGACGGACAUUUUCAUAUCUAUCAUCGAAGCGUCAAGGAAAAAGAAGUUAUAUUUAACAAUGUGUCCGAUGCUAUACGAGCAGUUGACAACUACUCUCAUAACAAAAUUGAAGCCAUGCGAGAACAUGGGUCCCUCAUACGGUCAUUUGGUUAGAGAAUUGAUCGAUAUGGCGUAUGAGUCCGUGGCAGUGGAGUAUAUGCGAGAAGAAUUGCUGGUGUUUCGUAACAAUGCUCAAGAGUGCAUUGACGAGUGGAAAGCCUCGAUUAUCAAGCGAGAGGAAGAAACCACAAACAACAUUUUGCAGCACGUUCGUUUGGAGUCCAAGAACGAUUUGUUGACGAGUUUUCGAAAAGUGUUCACGAUAACGGGUUCAUCCAAGACAAAUGCUGAAACUGAAGAAAAGGAAAACUACUCAGAAGUGCAGGCAAAGGUGAAGAUCCUUUCCGAAAACAUCAAACUGUUGGGUACCACACUUAGUUUGGAAGUUGCAACCACCAUACUCAAUGAUGCCAAAAUCUCCCUCAAUCAUCUUUUAAAAUUUAGAGACUAUACCAUUGCAGCAUUACGCAACGAUUUCUUUGCUUCCAUGCAAGAACUAUUUAUUACCGCCAUCGAGGCGAUUGGAAACGACCAUCUCAAGCCAGGAUUCGACAAAGCCCUUCGUUACUUGGGAACCUACAGCAGCUCCAAGGUGAAGGAAGUUGCGAAAGAAACCAAUAAUAUUGUUGGACAAGAAGAGCCUCUCAUUCUCUUUUACGAGCUAAUCAACAUGGCCGAUUUGAUGAUCCAAAUGAUAGACAUUUUCUACAAGCAAGAAAUGAGAGCUAAGAAGAUCAUUGCCCAUGAAAACUCUAUUCUUAACCCUUCGCUUCAAAAAAAGAACAAGUUGGAAGGUGUUGUGGAUAACUAUGUGGCCACAGGAUUGAAUAUAGGUAUCGAAAUUCUUGUGGCACAAAUUGAAAAUACCUUCCAGAAUGAGCGCACAGCUGCCGAUUACGAUCCUCCUCCCAAUUUUGUAUUUGAAGGUCCCACAAAGGCUGCUAGAAAAGUUGUGGAUAUCUUGGAUCAAAAUUUCGACGUCCUAGUUGACUGCGCCGAAAAGUCGGUAGUGGAAGUCUUUCAACAGGAAAUUGCAGAACGGUUCUUUCAGGCAAUUGUGAAAUCGCUUAAAAAUCUGGUGGUUUCUGUUUCUGGAGCCAUCAAUGUGAUUGCUGACCUCAAUCUCUACUAUGAUUUCAUUCUCACUCACAUUAAAACUAACAAAAAAAUGGUGCUUCCAUUAUUCCAAUCUCUAAAGAAAGUUGGAAAUCUCUACUUGAUUAGCGGAGAAGAUUCCAAAGCCAUUGGUAAGCUUGUGAGUGACUUAUCCAAAUUCAAUGGUAUUUUCAACCAAGAGGAAAUCUACGAGUUUGUUCAGAGACGUAAAGACUGGUUGGUGGUGAAAAAAGACGUCGAAAAGGUAAUGUAUGGCUUGGGGUUAGGAGACUGUCUGAUUGCAUAG